CCGCGCCCUAAGCAUCCCGGUGGUGCUUGUGCCCGAUGAGAGUGGUCAUGCCGACCGAAACUGCCGGAGUUGGGGGGGUGUGUACUAGCCCCACUACUUCAAAAUCCAAACCCCUAAUUUUUGUUAGUCAAGAAAACAUAUAAUGAUCCAUAUAGAAGGAUAAGUAAAUAAUAAUAACAACAACAACAACGUGUGUGUAAUAUAUGUACAAAAUCGAAAAUGGUCUUUUGGGAUGUAUAUAACGUGUGUAUAUAUAAUUAUAACAAAUAGAAGUUAGAGCCCAUAUAGUCCGCAGAGCACAGACAGGCUGAUAAGAUGGCUACAAUUUCUACUUCUCCUUCUUCGACAUGUUUCAUCGGCUCAUCGUCAUCACUUCUUCCUGUUGCCUCCAAAGCCCAUGAUCUCAACCAGAGAGGCCUGUGGGUGCUUAACCGGAGCCACCGACAUCGCUCUAGCAGUGCCGGCGUCCAAUCCAGCAGGAACCACAGCUUCCGUCCAAAGGCCACGGCCUUGAGGAGCAGCGUGGAGGAGGCGGCACUGGCACGAGGAGUUCCGGCCUCGGUGCCUGUCCGUGUGGCGCACGAGCUCCUCCAGGCGGGUCACCGCUACUUAGAUGUCCGGACUCCGGAAGAGUUCAGCGCGGGGCAUGCCUCAGGAGCCAUUAACAUUCCUUACAUGUACAGAGUUGGAUCGGGUAUGACCAAGAAUGUGAGCUUCGUGAAGGAAGUAUCAGCCCGUUUCACGAAGGACGACGAGAUAAUUGUCGGGUGUCAGAGCGGGAAACGGUCUAUGCUGGCCGCGAAGGAUCUCCUAGCUGCAGGUUUCUACGGCAUAGUCGAUAUUGCAGGGGGAUAUGGUGCUUGGACACAAAGUGGACUUCCCACCGACUAAUGUAACAUGUCUGAUUGCCCUCAGUGUAUAUGUAAAUGAGGGUCGAUAUAGCUGAGGAUACGAUUCAGGAGUCGAACUGUGUGACGUUCCUGAUAAAUUUUAAUAAUGUUGAGGUGAAGGAACAGGCCACUGGUUGAAUGAAUGUUGUGACAAACUGUACAUAAUCCACCUCUUUAUAAAUGACACAAUAAGCGGAGUUAAGAUCA